GGCUUCUUCCCAAGGAACCUUCUCAAUCAACUGAACCUCAAUCAAGGAACCUUCUCAAUCAGCCUUGAAGAGGCUGAACUCUUCCCUCCUGAUGUCCUUGGCAGCGAGCUUACUGCGCACCCUCCUCACCUCCGUAAGGAUCUCAAACCCCACCAUUUCAUGGGCGCUGCAGCCAAGGCUGCCCUUGAGCUUCACAUUCCCCACCCGCCCUUCCCUGUGAUAUGGACUCAGCAGGAUCGACAAUGCAUCCUCGAUACUUUAGCGCAGUUAUUACUGGAUAAAGAAUGUACCCUAUUGAUUGGCCGUCAAGUUCGGCCAAUCUUGUUGGAUUUGUUGGAAAGAAAUGCAGAAGCCAUUAAAGCUGGCGGGCAAAUCAACCAUGAUCGGCACGAAAGGCUGUGCGUAGCAAUGAGCAAGCUGGUUGCUGACCAUCCUGAUGUUUUGCCAUUUGCUUUGAGAUAUUUUAAGAAUACAUCACCAGUUUUCCAGAGGCUUUUCCUGGAGAGCUCGGACACAAACACAGUCAGAUACGGGCGCAGACGAAUGAAGUUACGGGACCUCAUGGAGGCAGCCUAUAGAUUUUUACAAAAGGAGCAAUCAGUUUUCCGGGAGUUAUGGGACUGGAGUGUGUGUAUUCCGCUCCUAAGGAGUCAUGACACUUUAGUCCGUUGGUAUACUUCAAACUGUCUUGCUCUGGUUACAUGCAUGAAUGAUGAGCAUAAAUUAUCAUUCCUCAAGAAGAUAUUCAGUCCUGAGGAGCUGAUACAUUUCAGACUAAAACUGCUGGAAGAAUCUCAGCUGCAGAACGUGGAACAAGCUCUUGUUUUGGCCAAUCCAGACUCCUUGUUUUGGCAAAAAGAGAACGAGCUGCAGUGUACGCAAGGGCAUAUUGUGUCGGGUGACCUCUCUGCAAACGUCGUAGCUGUAUGUGGUAUCGUGCUGCCUAGACUACAGCUUGUUUCUGAGGAGCAGGAAAAUAACAGCAGCAGUUUUGUUUUGGUUGAAUCUGCCUUCACAAAUCUUCAAAACCUUGCUAUGGCUGUAGCAUAUCAGAGCCCUGUUUUAUUAGAAGGACCAAUAGGAUGUGGCAAAACGUCUUUAAUUGAAUAUUUAGCAGCUGUUACAGGAAGAGCAAAGCCUCCUCAUAUUUUGAAAGUCCAGCUUGGGGAUCAAACUGAUAGUAAGACGCUGCUUGGUAUGUAUCGUUGUACAGACGUACCAGGGGAGUUUGUAUGGCAACCUGGAACCUUGACACAAGCUGUUACCAAAGGUCACUGGAUACUUCUGGAGGAUAUUGAUUAUGCCCCUCUCGAUGUGAUCUCCGUGCUGAUUCCUCUUUUGGAAAAAAGAGAGUUGCUGAUUCCUGGUCGUGGUGACUGUUUAAAAGUGGCAUCAGGAUUCCAGUUUUUUGCGACCAGGAGGAUAUUCAGUUGUGGUGGAGGUUGGUACAGACAGCAAAGUGGUCACGCUGCUCUUCUGGACAAGUAUUGGACCAAGAUUCAUCUGGAUAACAUGAGUAAAGGAGAACUCAAGGAGGUUCUUCAAAGGAGAUACCCCAACCUUGCUGUUGUAGCUGAUCACUUGCUAGACAUUUACAUUCACCUUACGGGAGACAAGUAUCAGGCAUCAGAAAAUGGUGCUUCUGGCUCUGGAUAUGUACAAGAAGAUACAUCAGAAUCAAGAUCAGAAUAUAAGAAACCAAAUUUGGAAGGACGAGAGCUAUCUCUAAGAGACUUACUGAACUGGUGCAGCAGGAUUGCUUACAACUUUGACAGUAAUUCUUCAACCACGGCAAUGAAUAUUUUUCAGGAGGCAUUAGACUGUUUCACAGCUAUGCUGUCCAACCAAGGGAGCAGACAGAAAAUGGCAAAACUUAUUGGAAGUAAACUAAAUAUUUCCAAGAAAAAGGUGGAGUUCUUUUGUGAACUCUAUAAACCAGAAAUCAUAAUACGGGAGCAAGAAGUCUCUGUUGGAAGAGUGCAUCUUACAAAGAAACAAACCCAGGCUCUCACUGUACAAAGUUACAAGCCUGUGGAUAACAAGCUGAUCUGGCUACCUCUGCGAGAGUCUUUUGAAGAGCUCUUCUCUCAAACAUUUUCUAGAAAGAAAAAUCAGACAUUCUUGGGACACAUUCAGACCUGCUACAGGCAGAAACGUUGGCAUGAUCUGCUAAAACUAAUGCAGCAUAUUCAUAAAUCUGCUAUUAGUAAGGAAGCAAAAGAAAAUGCAUCUGGUUCGCCACUGAAGGAAAAGUGGGAGGCAUUUGGUCUUAAACUAAAUCAUGCUCAUCAACAGAUGAAAAUGACAGAAAACGCUCUUCUCUUUGCAUUUGUUGAGGGAACCCUGGCACAAGCAGUAAAAAAAGGAGAGUGGAUUUUAUUGGAUGAGAUUAACUUGGCCGCAGCAGAGACUUUAGAGUGCCUGAGUGGUUUAUUGGAAGGAUCAUCUGGGUCGCUGGUGUUACUAGACAGAGGAGACACAGAGCCUCUUGUCCGUCACCCUGAUUUUCGCUUGUUUGCGUGCAUGAAUCCAGCUACAGAUGUUGGAAAGAGAAAUCUUCCUCCAGGAAUAAGAAACAGGUUUACAGAACUUUAUGUGGAAGAAUUGAGAAAUGAAGGAGACUUGCAGGUUCUUAUCAUGGAUUAUCUGAGAGGCUUGAAUGUGAACAAAAAUACAGUGCAAGGAAUUGUGAAACUGCGAAUGCAGAACAUGUGGAUACAAAGUGAACAUCUGUGCUUUGUCUCUAAUGAGAAAGGAAGAAUCUCACUGGUGCUGGGAGCCCAGCAUGAGUUUACAAGGAAGAGUGGGCAGCAAAUACCAAAACCCCAGGGAGGGCAAUUCAUACUCGUGGAAGGAUACUGGAUUUCAGCUGGGGAUAAAGAACCUACCGUAGAUGAGACUUACGUGCUAACCCCUUCAGUUAAGCUUAAUCUGAAAGACAUUGCCAGAGUUGCGUCUGCAGGGACUCAUCCAGUACUGAUUCAAGGAGAGACUUCUGUUGGUAAAACCAGUUUAAUUCGCUGGUUGGCUGCUGCUACUGGGAAUCAUUGUGUAAGGAUCAACAAUCAUGAGCAUACUGACAUCCAGGAAUAUAUUGGCUGUUACACGUCGGACGCCUCUGGGAAGUUGGUAUUCAAGGAAGGCAUUCUCAUAGAUGCAAUGCGAAAGGGUUACUGGAUUGUUCUAGAUGAACUGAAUUUGGCUCCCACGGAUGUUCUGGAGGCUCUCAACCGUUUGUUAGAUGAUAACAGGGAGUUGUUUAUUACUGAGACCCAGGAAGUUGUAAAAGCUCACCCUCGCUUCAUGCUGUUUGCUACACAGAAUCCCCCAGGACUCUAUGGUGGCAGAAAGGUGUUGUCCAGAGCCUUCAGAAAUCGUUUUGUGGAACUGCAUUUUGACGAACUGCCAAGUGCUGAACUGGAAACCAUCCUGCAUAAGAGAUGCAGUUUGCCACCUUCUUAUUGCAGCAAGCUCGUCAAAGUCAUGCUAGACCUGCAAUCUUACCGCAGAGGCUCGACAGUGUUUGCUGGGAAGCAUGGGUUCAUUACCCUGCGGGAUCUGUUUCGCUGGGCUGAAAGGUACAGAUUGGCCGAACAGCUGGAGAAGGAGUAUGACUGGCUUCAGCACUUAGCAAAUGAUGGUUUUAUGCUUCUGGCAGGCAGAGUCAGGAAACAGGAGGAAGUGGAUGUUAUUCAGAGUGUCCUUGAAAAACACUUCAAGAAAAAACUACAUCCUGAGUCUCUCUUCUCAGGGGAAAGUGUCAAAAAGCUGCUGGCUAAAUCCUCCUCGCAGAUGUCGGUGAUGGACAGAGAUUUUAGCCAUAUUGUCUGGACUCAAGGGAUGAGGAGACUUGCUGUUUUGGUGGGACGAGCCCUGGAGUUUGGUGAACCAGUACUGCUGGUGGGAGACACUGGGUGUGGUAAAACUACCAUUUGUCAGAUCUUUGCAGCAUUAACAAAUCAGAGGCUAUACUCAGUGAAUUGCCACUUGCAUAUGGAGACUUCAGACUUCCUGGGAGGGCUGCGACCAGUCAGACAGAGGUCGAAAGACCAGGAGGAAUCUGAUGGUUCUAGACUCUUCGAGUGGUGUGAUGGACCUCUUGUUUUAGCAAUGAAAGAGGAGGGAUUUUUUCUCCUUGAUGAGAUUUCUUUAGCUGAUGAUUCUGUACUAGAGCGACUUAACAGGUAUGUCUUAGCUAUGUUGGUAUUAAGUAUUCUCGAUGUGUCUGUUCAUUAUACAAACGUGACCAAGAUGUGGGUGACACUGGCCUUUUUCCAGUCUUCUGGGAUGUCCCCCGAUCUCCACGACUUCCCAAAAAUUAUGGAGAACAUCAACCAGCUUUCUAAAUGCUCUCAGGUGGAUAUUGUCUGGGCCCAUCAUUUUGCCAACAGUGCUGAUCUUGACCCAGAGACCUUCGAUAGGGCUUCCACAAUUCCUGUAGUUGACUUCGGUGCAUUCAAGGCUCUCUUUAACAGAGCGCACAAGUUCUCCUCCUCUUCUUCCUUCCCUGUGUUUACAAAACAAUCUAUAACCAUCCAUCGUGAUCCUCCAGUCAUUGUUCUUGAAGCUGAAAAGACGUUGGUACUUGCAGAAAAAGGUGGACAAGAUGAUGAGGAUAAUGAGGUAGAAAUGUUAGUUGCUGGAAAGAAAUUUCGUAUCCUUGCAACCAUGAACCCAGGAGGUGACUUUGGGAAAAAGGAGCUUUCUCCCGCGUUGCGCAACAGAUUUACAGAAAUAUGGUGCCCGCAAAGCAAUGGGCGUGAUGAUUUGAUACAGAUUGUGAAACACAAUCUUCACCCAGGGUUGUCUCUGGGUGGAAUAAACCAUCAAGGGGCAGACGUAGCAGAGCUCAUGAUGGACUUCGUGGAAUGGCUGACGAAUCAAGAGUUUGGUCGCCAGUGCAUUCUCAGUGUGCGAGAUAUCUUGUCAUGGGUUAAUUUUAUGAACGUUAUGGUAGAGGAUGAAGAGUCAAACUCUGCCAGGGAUUAUAGCCUCUUCUACAUUUCUCCAAUGAUGUCUUUUAUCCAUGCUGCCUGUUUGGUAUACAUUGAUGGAAUAGGAUCAGGUACAACAUCCUACUCAGCUGAGACGGCUUUAUUAGCUCGUGAAAAAUGCCUGACAUUCUUAUGUGAGAAAAUGAGUCAAUUCCCUGAGCUGACCGAUUAUCAGAAGGAUGAACUAAAGAUUUAUGACAGAACAAAGGAGAGAGAGUUUGUGUGGAUGGACAACUUUAUGGGGAUCCACCCCUUUUUUAUUCCAAGAGGCCCCGUUCUCCAGAGGAACAGCAUUACAGAUUAUGCUCUAAAUGCCGGGACCACAGCAGUGAAUGCACAAAGACUGUUAAGAGCCCUGCAGCUUAACAAACCUAUUUUGUUGGAGGGGUCACCAGGAGUGGGCAAGACCAGUCUAGUUGCUGCCCUGGCAAAAGCCUCAGGAAACUGUCUUGUUCGAAUUAACCUGUCUGAGCAAACG